AUGUCCCAUUCAACCCUCGGUUCCUCAGCACCCCCGAACCUCCCGGGCCCCCCGAACCCUUUGGGGACCCCCUGGCCCCCCGCCCCUCCCCCGCACCGCCUGCGGGCCCUGGCGCGCUCCUGGCUGGACGAGGACGCGCCCUGGCCCGACCCCACCCUGGCCCCGCUGGGGAACCCCAGAUCCCCCGCCCCGUUUUUCGGGGUGCUGGCGGGCUGCCCGUUCGCCGAGGCGGUUUUCGGGGUGUCGGGCUGCUCGGUGCUCUGGAGGCUCCCCGAAGGCUCCCGCCUGCCGCCGGGCCGGGCGCUGGUGGCCGAGGUGUCGGGCCCCGCUCUCGGGGUGCUCCUGGCCGAGCGGGCGGCGCUGAACGUUCUGGGGCGCUGCAGCGGCGUGGCCUCCAUGGCCGCCCGCGCCCGGGGGGUCGCCGAGAGCCGCAACUGGGGAGGGGUCGUGGCGGGGACGCGCAAAUGCACGCCCGGCUUCAGGGCGGCCGAGAAGUACGCGCUGGGCGUGGGGGGCGCGCAGGGGCACCGCCAGGGGCUGGGCGCCUUCGGGCUGCUCAAGGACAACCACAGGGCCCUGGUGGAGCUGCGCGGCGGCGGCAGCGAAGGGCUGAUUUUGGGGGCGCGCCGGGCCCUGGGCUUCACUCAGAAAUUGGGCGUGGAGUGCGCGAGCGCGGAGCAGGCGCUGCAGGCGGCCGAGGCCGGCGCCGACCUCGUCCUGCUCGACAACCUCAGCCCGGAGGCGCUGCAGGCGGCGGCCGCGCGCGUCAAGGCCGCGCACCCGCGGGUGCUGGUGGAGGCCAGCGGGGGCAUCGGCCUGGAGAGCCUGGCGCGGUUCCUGGGGCCCCACGUGGACGUCGUGUCCAUGGGGUGCCUGACCCACGGCGCCCCCAGCCUGGACUUCGCCCUCAAGGUGGUGGGGGUGGCAGACGGAGCCCAGGAACCCCGAAAAUUCGGCGUGGGACCCUGA